ACCAUAGAAGAAGAAUGGCGGCACCGGAAGGACAGAGUGUGUCAGAAGGACGGAUCUGUGUGUGCGGUUCAGGACUGUGCUGACUGAGCCACUGUGGAACGAUGCUGACCAAUAUCUCCAAUGUGCUCAGAGCCUGCGCCCAAAGAAAUGGGGCUGCAGCAGUGAUAUCAGCACGCACCUAUGCCGACUUCACAGCCCAGGCUACCUUUGAAGUAAAGAAAUGUGAUACACACAAGCUGGAUGAGGCCCCAGCCACUGAGGUGGUGAUGACUCGUGAAGAGGGUCUGCAGUACUACCGCACCAUGCAGACCAUGAGACGUAUGGAGCUAAAGGCAGAUCAGCUGUACAAGCAGAAGAUCAUCAGAGGGUUCUGUCACCUUUAUGAUGGCCAGGAAGCCUGUGCUGUUGGUAUUGAAGCAUCCAUUAAUUUGAGCGAUCACCUGAUCACUGCAUACCGUGCCCAUGGCUACACCUACACCAGAGGAGGGACUGUCAAGGAGAUUAUGGCUGAGCUCACUGGCAGAAGAGGAGGCAUUGCAAAGGGCAAAGGUGGCUCAAUGCACAUGUACUGCAAAAACUUUUAUGGAGGAAAUGGAAUUGUCGGAGCUCAGGUUCCCCUGGGGGCUGGUGUGGCUCUGGCCUGCAAGCAUCAGGGCAGGAAUGAGCUGUGUGUCUGUCUCUAUGGUGACGGUGCUGCCAACCAGGGUCAGAUCUUUGAAACCUAUAACAUGGCAGCACUUUGGAAACUGCCUGUGAUUUUCGUCUGCGAGAACAACAGAUACGGUAUGGGUACAUCAGUGGAGCGAGCUGCCGCCAGCACAGACUACUACAAGAGAGGAGAGUUUAUUCCUGGUCUCAGGGUGGAUGGCAUGGAUGUUCUGUGUGUUCGGGAAGCAACCAGGUUUGCAGCUGAACACUGCCGAUCUGGGAAGGGUCCCAUUCUGAUGGAGCUUCAGACCUACCGCUAUCAUGGACACAGUAUGAGCGAUCCUGGUGUCAGCUAUCGCACACGUGAGGAGAUCCAGGAGGUCCGCAGUAAGAGUGACCCCAUCUCCAUGCUGAAAGACCGUAUGCUGAGCAACAACAUGGCCAGCGUUGAGGAGCUCAAGGAAAUCGAUGUGGAGGUGAGGAAAGAAAUUGAAGAUGCCGCUCAGUUUGCCACCACAGAUCCCGAACCCCCACUGGAAGAGCUGUGCAACCACAUCUUCUACAACAACCCACCAUUGGAUGUGCGCGGUACACAUCCAUGGUCCAAGCUGAAGUCUGUUAGCUAAAGUUUUUUCAUCUUUUCAUUUCAUUACCUCAUCCGGUCUAUUCUAUCAUAAUCUUCCCAACAGUACGCUCACACAGACACAUGUGACUCAUCGUUCCAUUAACCAGUGCCUCUGACCCAGAUCUUAAAUCGUCAGCAAGUAUCAAAGUCCAAAGCUUUACAUCUAAACACCAGGGGCCAUAUUGACAUCCUCCGAGUCAGACUAGUAAAACUGAACAUGAAACUUACAGUAAUAAAAUAAGUUUGUGUUGUUUAAAUCCUGCUUUGUUAUUUUAAUCUUCUUGUCAGCAAAGAGACACAAAAUACAUAUAUCAGGGUUAACUUUUUACAUUUAGAAUAUACAUAUAAAUUAGAAAUACACAGUAGUAAGAAGGACCAGGUCCAGUUAAUACCUCUGACACAAGGUUUUCAGUGUCUUUUGUUUGGAAAUUUAACUGUAAGCAACUAUACUGUGUCUAUAUUUAACAUCACAAACAGUGGCCUUGAUUAUUAUUAAACUUCAGAUUAUUACCUCCCAUUAAUUUGUUGUAAAGGUUGAACAUGAGGCCUCAGUUUUGACAAUCAUUUGGUGAUAAAUGUGAACCGUAUCCUUAUCUUUCUCAUAACCAAACCUCAUAUAAUCAUACCCUGUGUCUAAAGCCUCUUAUCAUUUUAACAUUAAGCCCUUAACUUUUCUUUAACUUAUUAUGGUGUUGUAAAUCUGGCCCCAGGUGGAUAUAUUUAAUGUACUUGUUUGACAUUGUGUCGGGUCAUGUUUGAGGUGCGAUUAGUUUAGUCUCAUCUUUCAAAGUUCAUGUGAUCUGUUAAAAAAAAAAGAGCUUUCUACUCUUUCUACUUAAGUGUACACCAUAAAAUUGUUCAGUAGGAGUUUUUAUUUUUUACUCAACCCCUUUUUACACGAACAUCAUAAAGGCAGCAGGGUGAAGACUGUCCAUUUUGUCUGUAACCUUUUUCUUCUGUCAAUAUACUGUAAGUUAGAGAGUAAAGAGUAACUACGGCAACCCCUCUUGCCAAACCAAAUGUGUGCCUGCAGAUCUCCUAUUCCAAUAGACGACAACUGUCGUCUAAUGUCAUGUAUCGCACUCCAAGCUGAGCAGGAGACUCCAUACAUCAAAAUAUUUUGGGUUUCGGGACAUGUACAUAAUUGGUAUCCUAAUAUUUAUAUUCAUAAAUACCACAAGCUGAAUUAUGGCUUAUCUGCAGCUGUUAAUGUAAGACAUGGUGACAUGUUGUGCAUUCAUCAGCUGAGCUUCAGUAUUGACGAUAAUUGGAGUGAUGUGAUGGGAUAGGUGUUGUUGGUUCAGCUGUUAGAGCGUCGGUAUGUGCCACGGGCUUGAACUGUAAUAAACACGUCAGAAGCAGGACGUUAACACCUCAGAUGUACAGGGACACUUUGACUUUUUAAGUAUUAGUUUGUAUUUUACCGUCAGCUACUUGAACACAUUAUUGUGGUGAUCAAUGUCUGCACUAAUUCCUCAGUUAAAAAAAUAAGUCAACAUGAAGUGCAACAUACGAACCUAACGUAUCUUAUUUACUGAACCCAUACUCUGUAUGUGUGUCAAAAGGGGGAAGGGUCUUAUCUUUAUAUAAAGACCACAGCAAGAAACAGACAAACUAAACUUUGAAAUGUCAAUAUCUGUUGUACACAACUGAAAAUGCCUUCAGUACUUGUUCAAGGUAUCUGUUACAUUGAGGGGGGAAGGUUAUGUAAAGAAACGCUCCAUGGAAACAAUGGUUUUAUGUGUGCACCAUUGGAAUAAAAACACUCUAAAGUAAA